UUCAUUGUUAUCUGGCAGUAAUUGAAGAAGCGGAAGUAGUGACGCAGCAUCAGCUGACUGCAGAAAUCUUCUGUCGACCUUCUUUCGUUUCGGUGUUAAAAGGACUCUUAUUCGUGGUUGUUUGUUUGUUGGUUGUUUAUUUGUUGUUGUUUGCUGAAUAAUGGCCUCUCAGUCUCAGGGGAUCCAGCAGCUGCUUCAGGCCGAAAAAAGAGCCGCGGAGAAAGUCGCUGACGCCCGCAAACGAAAGAACCGGCGUCUGAAGCAGGCAAAGGAAGAAGCUCAGGCAGAAAUUGAACAGUACCGCCUGCAAAGAGACAAAGAAUUUAAGACCAAAGAAGCUGCUGCUCUUGGUUCCCAUGGCAACAGUGCCGUUGAGGUGGAUCGUGACACAGCUGAGCGAAUGAGCCGAAUCCAAACCAGUUACUCUGGCAACAGGGAGGCAGUGCUGGAAGAAUUGCUGCAUCACGUCUGUGACAUCCAGCCCGAGUUUCACACCAACUACCGCGUGGCCGGCUGAAGAGAAUCCGGGAACAUGGCAGAGUAACGGAUGCUCUAAGAAUUAGCUACUUUGUUGUUGUUGUUUUUUAUGAUGAUGAUUGUGCAUCAUUUUGUGUGUGUUCAAAUUAAUAUUCAGUGUUUUAGUGGUGUAUGUAUUCUUUCUUUCAUACCCUUACAGUCAGAAUGUUACUGUAAUGUUAAGUUAUUUUUGUCUUUUUGAGCUUUGAUAAUUUUUUGCACCUCCUGCUGGUAAAACAUUUGACUGCCGUAAUUUAUAAUGAAGUUGAUAAUGUGACCAGUGUUUGUGACACACGUUGAUCCCUGAUGUUAGUUUUUGAUAUCAUCACUUUUGGCACAUAAAUAAAAUCAAAACAAACUUCCUGAUUUGACCACGCCCUGAAACUAGCCAAGCAAGAGAAGGGUCUCUUGUACUCGAUUCUCAAAGCUGAGUCGCUGGACAGAGCUGUGCUAAAAGUAGUUUCCAACCAAUAAGGAUUUCGGGUAGGCGAGAGCUAUGAUACUAAUAAUGAGGAGUAACAAAUUCACGAUGUAAUUGAUAUAUACAAAACAUGACGAUUAUUCCUAACAUUUCAUUAUCAAAGCCUUCAAUCCUUUAUACAUGCCUUCUCUGUUCAAGGGUCACGGCGGGGCUGGAGCUUAUCCCAGCGGUCGCAGGGCAUGAGCCUUGGUACUCUCUGGACGCCACAUCAGUCUGUCGCAGGACCACAUAUAGACAAACGCAUUCACGCUUGCGGUCAAUUUUAAAGUUUCCAGUUCACCUAACCUGCAUGUCUUUGAAAGUGAGAUGAAGCCUGAGCACCCUGAAGGAAUCCACACAAACACGGGGAGAACAUGCAGUGUCACACAGAAAAGACCAGCUGGGAAGCAAUCCCACAACCUUCUUGUUGUGAAGCAGCUGCUAACUGCUAAGCCAUCUUGUGUUUUCAAACCCUUGUGAAAAAAAUGUAAUUGAGGUUUGAUUCUUUACAGAUUAAACAUGGAUUUUAUUAUAAAUAUAUAAUUAACCAGCCAACAUACAUCACGCUGCCUUCACUCGCUUUAACAGUCAUACUGUAUCACUCAACAUUUACAUAAAAUAGAAUUCUCAUCUAUUUUGGCCCUGCUUAGGUGGUGGCAUGGUGAUCACUUUUCUUGUUGCUGUAAACGUCCACUCUGAUUGAAAAUGAAUGGCAGCUAGUCGCUUUGCCUCUGUCUCUUGUUGUUAAUGUUACCACAGGGUGAUGGGGGUUCCAGCCAUGUUUGACAGCAUUGAAAGUUAUGCUGAGUGCCCGUUACUGGAAAAACUAUGUAAUGACACCAUUUCCAUCAGUUCCUGUUGUUUUCUGCAAUUUAUUUGGUAAAAUGAGGAAAAAAAAAAAUAAAAUCCAAAAUAACAUACCCACGUUUGUGAAAGGAUCAUAUUUGCUGAUAUUAUCACUGAUGUCAGAUUCUUGCUAAAAGCUUUUCAUUGUGAAGUUGUUUGCGAUGAUGAAAUAAAUAUAGACAUUACUUAUU